AUGAGUAUGACGCCAACCAACAGCUUCACAUUCGCGGGACUGCUUCGGUCUUUGAGAGAUAUCGAGAACGACUUUCUGUCCGUCGACGGAGACGAGUAUGCCGACCUCGUCGGUCGGUUGGAAGCUCUGCAAGCAAGAGUCGUCGACGUUCAGAGCGAGCAUCUGGGUCAGAAGGCCAUAGACGAGGCACAUCACGCUUCCCAAAGGAUCUCGCUUAUAGCACAUACCAGGCUGAGCCUCGUGAAAACAUUCGAGGAGCUUAAUAGCAAGAUGCUCCGAGAAGCGAAGAAAACGAUUGAAGACCACAUGAAACCAAAGCAAUACGUCGAAGUGCAACAAGAUCUAUCGGAGACGCUCCCUUCAUAUCACAUGCGGAAGCACUUCCUCGUGACCUUGGACAGUCCUUACCCUACGCAAGCAGACAAAGAAGCCCUGGUGCAGAUCACGAACGACUCCUCCGCUGGCGCCGGCCGCCCUCCUCUCGAAACACACCAGCUCACGCUCUGGUUCAUCAAUGCGCGCCGCCGUUCUGGCUGGUCCAACAUCCUUCGCAAGUUCGCGCGGGGCGAUCGCUCGCGAAUGAUGGCCCUCGUAAAAUCCAAGAUGGUCUCUUCCAGACUUUCCGCUCCUCUCCAGUCGGAUGAACUUUCGCUCAUCCGCAGCCUGGACGACAAUCUCAGCGACAAUCUCGGUCGACCCCUCACAGCCGCAGACAAGAAAGAGUUUGAAGAGGACUGGGACAGCAUGAUCAGCUGGAUCAGGUACGGCGUCAAGGAAAAAGUCGGAGAAUGGGUCUACGAUCUCGUUGCAGCAAGCAAGAAGCCGUCCAAGCCUGGUCAAGCGCGAGCAGUCACCACUCCUUCAAACCGCACACCAGCACGUAAAACUGCAGCCCAAGCUCUGUGGAAGUCGAGAAAGGCCAAGCCACGAGCAAGCACAACGCCUUCGGUCGACAGCACCAUCAGCAGCUCAGGCUUGGAGUCGACUCCCGAGCUCAGCAUGUGCUCUACGGCAGACACGAGUCUCAGCUCAUCCUCCAGCAAUCUUUCUAUUACGCACUACGAACCAUUCCCGCGUCGAGAUGGUCUUCUGCAGAGCCCGACGCUCCACGCGAAGAGGAUCCGGAGGGUCAAAGCACUUCCUAAGCGCGUUGCUCAGCAAAAGCCACACAGCAACGACGAAAAAGCGAUCGAUACGUGCCUGCCGGUUCCUAAAGAUUUCAAUUUGCCUUGCACGCACGAACAGGUUGAGGACAGUCAGGACGCUUCGCAUAUCUCGACUCAGGCGCAACUCUACCUGCCCUACGAUGCAUUCAGACAGGCUCCCAUGCCCCUGUCGGGAAUGCGCAGGGAUUCUGUCAGCUUCAACAGUCUUUCUGCUGCGUUUGGUUGA